AUGAGCUCCAUCAGCAGCGGCAGCAGCGCCUCGGGAGCCACACCCUUCUCUCUCGGCGCUUCCAGCGCUACCUCUCGUAGCCCUUCAGCUGAGCCCUCCUCUUCAGUUGCUUCCUCUUCUAGCACCAGGCAACGUCGCCUCACACUUCAAGAUAUCCACAUUCCUGCCGGCUUCGAGAUUGCCAAGAACCUCGGAGACGCAGGCACCGAAUACCCUUCAGAGGAGAACAUUCAGAAGGCCGCCCAAGUUCUGCAGUCGCUUCGCGGCCGGAUGCCCGACGGUUCGGAUGGUCAGGUGGCUGCCUGUGAUUACUGUCGACGUCGCAAGAUUCGUUGCGACCGCAUCAAACCCACCUGUGGCAGCUGUGUUGCAUCUGGCCGCAAGUGCACCACCGAAGAUAUGCUUCGCAAGCGCGGUCCACCCUCCAAGAAGGAGCGUGCCAUUCUCGAAGCAGCCGGUAUUAUCUUCCGCGGCACCAGGCCCCAUCGACGACGCAGAACUGCAACCACCUCCCUCGGUCCUGGCGCUGCGAGCAAGCAGCAGGAGCAACUACUUCGCAAGGUCACUGAAGUCGCAGGCACAAGGACUCGCGCCAACUCGACCAACUCGGGUGAGAACGCUACCUUUACCAACUUGGUCGAUGGCUUGGACACCGCCACAAAGACCUCAUGGAUGGAGAUGCUGAGCAUCGCCACCCAAUCCACCAACCCCUUCUCUGACUCGCCUGUCUCGUCGCCCUCGGACAUUUCGACACAGGAUGCCUUCCACGUCGAUGCUGGUGCUUGCGACUACAUCUUGCCUGUCCCAUCUCGGGAUAACAUGAACUUGUCCUACAGCAGUGCACAGUAUACCAACGUGGGAACCCCCUUUGGCACGGAUUUUUGCGACAAGCACGUUUCGAGCGCACCAGUCGCCUCAACGGAGCUUCCCGACCUCUCUGCUUUCGCUUGCAACGCCAACGUUGACCGCAAGGACGACUUGUUCAGGACUUCGCUCUCAUCGUUGGAUGCAGGUGCACUCGAUUGGUCAGGGUCCAACAUCACACCUGCGCAGUAUCAGCUCAUGUUCCCACAAGACAUUCCUGCCUCUUAUCGCCUCAACGAGCUGCAUUCCCACAUGCCUGUGGUUCACCUUGAUCCCCAGAUGAUGGUAUCUUCGUCGCAACCGCACAACUUGCAUUUGCAGCCGCCGCAGCCAGGACACGGUCUACAACCCUUCAUCAACUCACCUAUGAGCAUGGCCGCUGAAGCCGUUGCCUUCCAAACCGCCAUGGGCCACUUUUUCCCCAAGCAGCACAACCUCACCUCGUCAUCAUCGAUCUCCAACAUGUCGUCUUCAUCGUCUGCGACCGCUGAGGUGAGCACGCCCUCCAAGUUGGAUCAAUUCAUCUCCAUGGCCGACCAUCACCACCACCUCCAAAAUCAGACCCAACAGCAACAGCUGCAGUUUACCCUCUCUUUCUGA